CAAAAAUGUUUCAUAUGCUGGAAAUGCAGGUCAUCAGACAGGGGAACGAUGCUAUUCAAACUGUGGCCCGCAAAACCAGCGUUGUGUAAUCUAAGAGGAAACGCUACCGUUUCUUGUCAAAAUAACAAUAGAAGAGAGAAGAAAAAACUGAAGAUCGAAAAAUCGCCGAAAUGAUGACCGAAGAAAGUGAUACCGCAUUCCUUACAGCACACUCGAUGUUAUUAAGUGACGACGAUGAAAGUUUUGACGUUUCUACACUUCAGUCAGAAGGAAAAUUAGAUGUGUUGAGUCUAACUGAACCAGCAUCACCCCCUCUUCUAUGUUCAACUCCAAUACCCAGAGAAGACGGGUUGGAUUACGACGAAUUAAUAAAAAAUUUUGAAAAUCUGAAAUCCGAGUGUUUACAGCCAGAAAAUUCGGAUGAUACAGUAGAGGAGAAAAAGAAAUGUUGUUCAGUUCUAUUAUCACAUUUGAAAUUAUUUUCAACUAUGCCGAAGGAUUUAUGUAAUGAACUUCAACGGAAGCUCAGAAACUUAGAAAUGAAAUAUAAGCUAAAAAAUUACAGACGAAAAUAUAAUAACUUUGUGAAAUCGAAAGAAAAAUGUCAAAGUUUAAUCUCUGAAUCCAAAGACGAUCUCGAGAAUCCAUCAACAUCUGCAAAAGUGGAAUAAAAAGUCACUUUCAUCGUUUUUUAUAAAGCAAUGUUCAGUUACUUAAAAUAUGAUGUAACUAGUGUUACUGAUAUAUUA